UCAGGGAUAAUGGGAAUUGUAGUCUCAAAACAUCUGGAGAGCCGAGGUUGAAGAAGCCUGUCCCAUAGUUUAUGGCUGAUCUCCUGUAACUUUUCAUACCAUAAGUGCUCUGGGUUACUUUUUGUCCCACUUUUGUUGCUCUACAGGCUGGCCUUAUCCAAACUUGCCUUUCGCUCCUCUCUUUCCAGGCAGAGAUCUGUGCUUUAAUGCUCCUUGUCCAAAGAGAUCCCCCCCCAUUUUUUUUGCCCCAAGCAUUCCCCACAAAAAACCCCACUUUUUAAAGCUGAACCAGAGCAAACACCGAUUUGGCUUUUCUGCAGAUUGACGUUUGCUCCGAUUGAGCUUGAAAAGAGAGGGUUUUAGUGGAGAAAGCUCCAGAGGAAAGCAAAAACAAAGGAGCUCAGAAAAGGAGAUUUAUACAGUCAUACCUUGGGUUACAGACGCUUCAGGUUGCGCUUUUUCAGGUUACGGACCACCGAAACCCAGAAGUACCAGGAUGGGUUACUUCCGGGUUUCGGCAACCGCGCAUGCACAGAAGCACUAAAUUGCGCGUGCGAAAAGCACUGAAUCGCAACCUGUGCGUGUGCAGACGCGCAGCUGCGGGUUGCGAACGCUAUGGGUUGCGAACGUGCAUCCUGCACGGAUCACUUUCGCAACCCGAGCGUCCACUGUAUUGUGGACCAUGCCUGCAGGGGCGGAGGAAGGGGGCUGCAGUGGGUGUGGGCCGCUCCAGGUGCCACCACUGAGGAGGGUGACAAAAUGCCAGGCGGCACUCACCGUGGGGCCUGCAGCGCGUCCAAGUCGCGCAUCUCUCCUGGGAAAGACACAGUGGCUUGGGCGCAUGCAGGCUCCGCGCUGCCCAAAUGGUCCGCCCACUGCCUCCCCCAGCUGUAAGGUGGCUGAGUGGGAGGAGGCAGGCAGACACUAGAGGCCCCGAGGUGCGCCCUGCCCCUAUGGGCGGCUUGCCCCAUCACUGGGCACACUGCCCCAGGCGCCCAAGCAGCUUCCUCCGCCGCUGCAUGCCUGGAAAGAGUGGAGGAAUGGUCAGUUUGGAUAAGCCAUCUGGAUCAUGGAAUUGUGGAACUGGGAGGGGUCCCAAAGGUUGUCUAACUGAACAUCAUUCAUGGUUUAUCAGGAAUGAGGCAUUGGCUGGUGUGUGCUGCCUGAUUACUCCCACUUUGUUCCUCCUUUGGCGUAAGAAGCUUCAGCAAACUAGGAAAGCCUGGUUUCCUAUUAACAACUCAACCUGUUGUUGUUGGCAUCUGUCUGCCUUGAGAGAAAAUGGAGUGUGCCCGAAGGGGUGAAGUCAAAUGGCUGCGUCAGCAGCACUGAAGUGACCUCUUUGGGGCGCAAGCCUGGGCAGUGUGUAUAGAGGUCCUGGACUGCCCGGAUGACAAGACCCCCUCUUGGCCUUGCUGGUGUGGUCCAAAGGAAAGCAGAACAAUAUGUUUGGCACCAGCCUGGGCUGCAGGAGUUGCCGGAAGGAGGCGUACAAGGCGGCAUCCAAUUCUUCACACGCACCCCAAAAGUGUACAUAUAUUUAUACUAGGGGAAGUGUGUACACACAAAAUCAUAAUUAUCUUUGGGGGGAAAUCGCUUGUAAAAAUGUGUGUUAUGCAAAACUGGGUAGAAAAUGUGAAUAUUAGAAGACAUGCCUAAGGAAAUAUGUGGUUUUUGUGUACAGUGUGUGGAUUUUAUACAGAAAUGACGUGAACUGAACUUGGGAUUGGCAAAAGCAGAAAGCAGAAGAGACAAGUUUAACCAUCUCAUUUGUGAAGAACUGGAUAGUGUGUUAACGCUCAUGAUUUUUAAUUAACUUUCCCACCAGAAUUACGUAAGGUAACAGUGGAUGCAUGCACAAUGCACAUUUUAUUGAACCCCUGCAAAGGAUUCUGGGAAUUGUAGUUUGCUAAGGUGUUUGGGAUUGCAGCUCUGUUAAGGGUAAAUUAUGGUCCCCAGGAUGCUUUGGGGGCAGUAAUGUGUUUUAAAUGUUUGGUAUUCAUGCAGCCAGUGCCUGUAAAGAGGACAUCAAGGGGUCUCGCCUCUUUGACUCGUGCACUUUGCAUCCAGUACACAUUAAUAGAAGGGUGUCAAUCUAUGUUAAUCUGUGUCCAGCACGUUUGAUAUAAAUGAAAUGAGCCAUCUGACACCUGGAGCCAAAUGCUGAAUCCACACGCACUGGCAUCUUGUAUAAGUAAUAGUUCACCAAGUUGUUCCUUUGCCAAGAGCUGAAUGUUCAGGCUGACCUAGAACCUAGGUGACAGGCAGCGAGAUGGUCUGUUUCAGAAUCCCACCUCCCCACUCCUAGAACUGAGAAACUAACAAUUAUCAUACCUCCUCGUGCUGCUUACAUGUUUUGGACGCACAAGAUUCUGGGAGCUUUCAAGCACAAACCACACAUUAUAUGCCAAGGUGUGUGGCUUACUCCUCCCUCUUUUUUUUAGUGAAAAGCAUCCUUAGUAAUAAUAAUAAUAAUAAUAAUUUUUAUUAAUACCCCGCCCUCCCCAGCCAAUACUGGGCUCAGGGUGGCUUACAUCAGUUAUAAAACAAUUAAUUAUAAUACAAUUUAAAAACAAGAUUAAAAUACAACAUUAAAAUGCAGCCUCAUUUCAGUAGAAACUCAAAUCAAAAACUUUUUGGGGAUGAAAACGUCAAAUCUUCACCAAGGCCAACUAUCCAGACUGGUCCUACGUGGGCCAGAAAAAAGCCAAGGAAGUCCCCAAAUAGGAGUUCCAUCACAGAAGGAGAAAGGAGAAAGGAAAGAGGGGGAGGGGAUCAAGUUGAUUCCAAGCCAAAGGCCAGGCGGUACAAAUCUGUCUUACAGGCCCUUAGGAAGCUAUAAUCUUGGACUAACGGAGGUGCCCUAGGCCUCACGUUCAAGGUGUUGGUACUAACAUAUAAGGCCCUAUGCAGCUGAGGAAAAUGUUACUUGAGAGACCACCUUAUGCCUGAUAAACCCAGCAGAUCACUGUGGAAUAGCAUUCCUGUCGAGAUACCACAGGUGCCCAUUACCUGCACUUUCCAGAAGCAAUUGAAGAUUUUUUUUUUGUUUGUUCUGACAGGCUUCCCCAGCUGGAUAAACGGGUCUUUGCCACGUGUGUCCAUUUGUUAAGGUUUUUAAAUGUAUCUGAUAUUUUUUGUGUUGUUAAGCGUUUUUAAUUAUGUGUAAAUUACCUUGAGAUGGCAGUUUAGAAGACGAUUAAUGGAACAGCUCCCUCUCAGCUUCCUUCCUUGGAGGUUUUUAAGCAGAGGUGAGGCGGCCAUCUGUCAUGGAUGCUUUAGCUGAGAUUUCUGCACUGCAAGCGGUUGGGCUAGAUGACUCUGGGGGUCCCUUCCAACUCUACCAUUCUAGGAUUCUAGGAUUAUAAUAAAUCAGCGAUAAUAAUAAUAAGAUUAAUAAAUCGGCUAACCCUAAGCAGACACUUACUCCCUUCACAGAGCUACAAUUCCGAGGGUGAUUUAACAACUGGUCCCCUUUCCCAAGGAAGUCUGGGAACUGUAGCAUCUUGUGAAGGGAAAUAUUGGUCUCCUAACAAUUCUCAACACGCUUAACAAUCUAUCAUUCCCAGGAUUCUUUGGGGGAAGCCACGGCCAUUUAAAGUGGAAUUAUACUGCUUUCAACAUAUUGUGUGACGUGGCCUUUUCAAAAUAAGAUGGAGGAUGUGAGCAAUGUAUCAGGCAACCUGAUCGUUUUCUCUUUUAACAGGUGGAUCCCAGAAUCUGCCAGGUGGUUGCUGGCCAAAGGGAAGUUGAAGGAAGCUCGCAAGCAUUUGCAGGCUUGUGCCAAAAUGAAUGGACGAAAGGAGUUUGCUGCCAAGAUAAACCUUGAGGUGAAAUGGGGCAGGGCUUUUAUUUAUUUUUUUUCAUCCGGAACUCACCGGAACUCAGUCCUGGCUGCUCUCAGGCGGGCGCCAUUGCCAUUCUAAGAGAACAAGGGAGGUGUUUAUGAAGAGUUCCAGAACCCCAUUUUCUAGAAAAGUAGCACUGAGUAGGGGCAUUAGGAACUAAUAAUGAAGAAAACACACACCCCUAUACAGUGGUACCUCGGGUUAAGACCUUAAUUUGUUCUGGAGGUCUGUUCUUAACCUGAAACUGUUCUUAACCUGAGGUACCACUUUAGCUAAUGGGGCCUCCUGCCGCCGUCGUGCUGCUGCCACGCGAUUUCUGUUUUCCUCCUGAAGCAAAGUUCUUAACCUGAGGUAUUAUUUCUGAGUUAGCGGAGUCAGUAACCUGAAGCGUCUGUAACCUGAGGUACCACUGUACCACCAAGUGCUACUGCCAUGGAAAAUGCCACAGACUGCAACAUAGAACAGCGGUGAGGGCUGCCUGCCCAGUGUCUGCUUUUCGGAUAUCGCAAAUCAUGAUGUAUGUGCGUGAGUGCACUAUGCGAAAAUCACGAUGCAGGAAAAACUGUGAAGCCAGCCCGGGCCUCUGCAUAGCACCAUCCUUAUUUCAGCCAUCGUGAUAAUAUCAGUAUAUCAUAAUGUUUAGCUAGUGAUUUAUCGCAAUGUUGAAAACCAGAUAUGGCAGGGUUGCUACAAAGUUGUUCAGCCUUGCUUUGCACCCACAAUUUUCACCUUCACCCUCAUUCUCAUGGUGCCUCCUCCCUCCCUUUUUCGAUGCAUUAGGAUCCAUUUGCAAAUUUUUAUCCUACAAGACUGAAUGACGUUUUCUUACAUUCGUACCUUGUAUUAUCAAUACAGACUCCAUUGGUUUUUAAGGAUGUACAUAUUACGAACUGCCUUGUGGGAGGGCGCCUUCGUGGGUAGAAAGAUGGGGGUAAACCAUUAUAAAUAAAACAAACACCCAGCAAUUAAAACCUGUUUAAAAAUUGAAAAUCCUGCUACAGAAACGGUUUGAGCCAAAGACCUGAAGAAUAUGAAUAAUAUCUGACAUUUGCGUGCUCUCUCAUAUAUAUAUAUAUAUGGGGGGCUUUCUGACCCAGUUUUGUUUCUGUUUAUACUUUCCCCUGUUGCAACAGGGUUUACUAAUGGAGGGAGAAUGAGAGACAAUUCCCCACUGAGUUGCCUGCUGUUGCUCAUGCAAGCCAAUAGUGAAUUCUGAUUUUUUUUAAAAAAUCGUGUCAGUGGAAGAUUUCUUCAUGCCUAACUGCCACAGGGGGUGGUUUUUCUGAGGGUGUCAUGGGGCACCCCAUGUGCUACAACAGCCCCAGAAAACCCCCACUGCUUGGGGCGGGGAACCCCAUUGGUGACAAUGGAAAGCUUUGUUCCAUGCCUAAUAGCCUGGUGGAGCCAGGAUGGGAGACAGCAGACCAGAUGGUCUACCAUGAGGAAGUCCUCCACUCCUGAACUGACCUCAGCUUCCCUUCUUCAGAUGCUGAGCAAGACAGCAGCCGUGGUAGAGCAGAAACUAGGUGGGAAUUAUUCUUACGUAAGCAUCUUCCGAACACCGAUGCUGAGGAAAAUCUCCUUUUGCAUGGGAGCCGUGUGGUGAGACACCUCUUUCUCUCUCCCUCCUCACCUCACCCAUGGGUUAACGUCCUCUCUGGGCCUGAGUUUGGGGUUCCUCUGCCCACCUCUUUAUCUGCCUCCCCUUCAGGUUUGGGGUGGCCUUUUCCUACUACGGCAUGAGCUUGAACAUCAGUGGCUUCGGCCUGAGCAUGUACAUGACGCAGUUUGUCUUUGGGGCCAUUGAGAUCCCUGCCAAACUCAUCGUGUACCUCGUGGUGAAUCGAUUUGGACGGAAGCAGAGCCAGGCCUGGUCCCUCAUCCUAGCCGGGUUAUGCAUAGGAGUCAACAUUGCCGUCCCAAGGUGUAAGUAGCUUGGCUUUAUUCUUAUUGCCUCUUGUUGUUGUUGUUUUCCUUUUAAAACGUUGUUCAAGCCAAGAAAAUGCAUGCAAAUGAUCAUGCCGCAGCUUCCCUGUCCUUCUGAGGGGGCUCAGAAGAAUGGCUGGGAAGCUGCCCCACUUGCUUCUCAAGACCCCUAGGCAGCUGCCUCACUUUGCCUACUGAUAGGGCCGUCCCCGAGUUGCUAUCCUGCCAUUGCCAGGCAGCCAAGUUGUGUUUGCGGUUACAUGGGGAAGCGGGGGGAAAGCCUAGCAAAUGAAGUCUCUACGUUGCAACCAGAUUGCUUCACUAAAUCAAAUUCUGAGCAUGCAAAAAGGGUGUGUUACGGGAUGAAACUCCAACCCUCACCCCUCCGAGCUGUCCAUGGGACAAUCUGUACUGGAUUGGCUUUCAUUUGCUCAUGGGUGGCAUGGCCAGCUUUGCAUCUUUCUUGAGGGUAGGAGUACUGAAUUCAGCCCCUGCAUCCUCCUGACCAGAUGAUGGGUAUCGAGGCCAGGUGAGAGUUGCUAGUGCAGCUGUGCCGUCAGGGACAUCAACAAAGCAGUGGCUUUUCAGGAUCCAUUACAACGUUGCAGGAGGUGCUUGCGACAGCAUGGCAACAUGCUCAGGAUUGUUAGCACUGAUUUUUCCUGUUGCACAUGCAAACGUUUUCCUUGUAGUAGCUCCUUUCACCUUUUCCGACUGCUUCUCCUCCCAGCACUGGGGAUUUUGCGUUCUGUGGUUGCCAUCAUAGGCAAAGGAUUCUCUGAAGCUGCUUUCACCACCGUCUUCUUGUAUUCCUCGGAACUCUACCCUACUGUCCUCAGGUAAGGAGGAGCUCCCGACUGAGCUCACAAAUGACUCCGCUGGAAGCCUGUGCAUGGCCGUGGCGUGAUGCUAGGCCUUCUUAUGCAUGACCCUCCAUCCUUCAGGCUGUGCAAACACCAAAUAAAUACAGUCCAAUCAUUGGCUUUUCUCAAACAAUUUACCAAAAAUUACAGCUGUGAUGUUCAGUUGCUUUAUUCAGGGAUAGCCAAUGCGCUGAGUGAGUUGAAAGGACCAGAGUGUUACACAAUAUUCCAAGUGUGGUCAGAUCAUAGAUUUGUAUUAUGCUGUUAUGAAGCAGCCACAUCAGGAAGAAUUGGACACAUUUUUGCAACAGGAGCGGAUAUACUAUAUAUAUAUAUGUGUGUGUGUGUGUGUGUGUGUGUGUGUGUGUGUCUGUGUGUGUAUAUAUAUAUAUAUAUAUAUAUAUAUAUAUAUAUACUUAAAUAAUUUGGUUUGAUUUGUUAAAAUUUGGAAAACGUAGAAAAAUUAAAUAGGUACUAUAUUGGCCUGAAUAUAAGCCACACUUUCCCCCAAAUUCCAAUUGUGAAAAGUUAAAAUGUGGCUUAUAUUUGUGACCUUAUGCUCCUGGCAAAGUGGCGCGGCUCCCCCCCCCGCCCCAGGAAGCGCCGGGCUCCCAAGCCUCCCCCAAGCCGCCAAAUUUUAAAGAUGUGGUUUAUUUGCAGGUGCAGCUUAUAUUCGGGCCAAUACAGUAUUAUGCCAUUAUGAUAUCAGCAGUUCUAUUUUCAAUAGGGCACUAAGCUAGCAAGGCUUAGACACAAGUCACCUCAGCCCUUAUUAAUAUUAUUAUUAUUAUUCGUAAUUGAAUUUGUUAGUUGCUUUCUCUUGCCUAGGACAACCCAAAGAGACUUACAACCAAACAAACAAAUGCAUGGGAGAAGCAGGGUGGGUUCCCCCAUAACAUGCAUUCCCCUUUCCGACCCACCUGGAUUCCCAUUCUGGGCUCCAGCUCCAAGAAGAGCCAGCAGCCUCCCAAGGAGCCCCGGGCGCCAUUUUGCCAAAGGUCUCCUCCAGUUGUCCUUAGACAUCCCAGCUACCACUUUCCCGGCCGAUAAGCUGAGAAUGGAAUCGUCCACCCAAGACAUCCCAUGCCCAGCCUCUCUUUGCAGGACUCAAGCCUUAUGGAAUGCCUCUCCACUUUGCUUCCAGGCAGAACGGGCAAGGGUACUGCGCCUUCAUGGCACGCCUGGGUGGCUCGGUGGCUCCUCUCGUCUUCAUGCUGGACAGCCUAUGGAAGCUUCUGCCCCAAGUGAUCUACUGCAUCAUGGCCGUGCUCUGUGGCUCAGCAGCCUUCUUCCUCCCUGAGACGUUAAACACGGAGCUGCCGGAGACUGUAGAGGAUGUUGAAAAGCGAAGGUGAGAGCCGGGGAGAGGCAGAGAGGCAGGAAGCGGUGGUGAGGGACUGGCUGAAAAUAUACUCUCCAGCAUUUCUCUGAUGAAAAUAGGGACAUCCUAUUCAGUAAUAAUACAGUGGUACCUUGGUUUUCAAACGUAAUUCAUUCCAGAAGUCCGUUCAUGUUCCGAAACGUUCAAAAACCAAAAACUGAAAGCGGAUGCCUCAAAACGGAAGCCUCAGUAUGGAAAACUCAAAACAGAAGCAGCGUUUCCUGUUCAACUUCUGAGGCACGUUCAAAAACCGAGGCAUUUACUUCCGAGUUUUUGGUGGAGUUCUGAAACGUUUGACUACGGAGGUGUUUAAAAACCGAGGCACCACUGUAAUAAUAAUAAUUUUAUUAUUUAUACCCCUCCCAUCUGACCGGGUCCCCCCAGCCACUCUGAGCGACUUCCAACAUAUAUAAAAACAUAAUAAAACAUUACCCAUUUAAAAAAAUUUCUAUGCCUUCUGAUGUCUUCUAACUGUUGUAUAGUUACUUAUCUCCUUGGCUUGGGGAUCGCAUAACUCUAAACCCUCCAACAUUUCCCGAUGAAAAUAGAGACAUCCUAAGGAAAAGCAAGGCAUUCUGAGAUCGCAUCAGAAACCAGGACGGCUUCUGUAAAUCCAGGACUGUCCCUCCCUGGAAAAUACGGACACUUGGAGGGUUUGUGGAAACUAACUGGUAGGAGACCCUGCUGCAUUUGUGCUAAUGCGCCAGCCUCCACUUCUCAGCAAACAGCACUGUUUUUUUUUCUCUUUGUUGUUUCCCUGUAGCUCAGAAAGGGAGAAACACCUGCGUGGGAAGGUGUCUGAAGUCGUGCCUCUGCAGUCGUUACAGUAG